UUCCCGGGUCAGGUAAAACCACAUAGCGCCACGUGUCAAAUCAUUUUGGUCGCGGGUCCCGCCCCCAACCCCACCACCCACCUGUUUAGAGAUGCCUUAACGCCGUCGCUCGCUGCCUCCCUCCCACCUUUGUCCUUCCUUUUAUUUGACUCUGCCCGCCAUUAAACCUUCCGCCUCAACCUUUUGCUUCCAACAAACAAAAAAACCAACAACCAACAAACAAACGAUAACUCCUUCCAGCUCACUUUCUUUCUCUCUCUUGUUUCUCUCUCUCUCUCUCUCUAUAAUUAUGUUAUGGUGAAUUGGCGACGGUUGUUUUGUUGAUAUCUGAGCCGGAGAGUGAGGGAGGGAAGGGGUUAUGGGGGCGUGCGUGUCGAAGCCGGAGGGGUGCGUCGGAGGGAGACUGAGCUCGUCGAAGCGGAAGAGGACCCGGAAGAGGAGGAGAGACGGGCGGGCUAAACAGUCUCCGGGUCGGGCCGGUCGAUUUUCGGAGGGAUCGCCGGACAAGUUUGAUCGGUCCGUCCCGCCUGAUCGCUCCACGUUCAACAACCCCACUUUCCAAGAAAGUAGUGAGGACGCAUGGUUUGAUCCGGUUGCAAUAUUUGAGUCCGAAGAAUGCGAUGAAGAUUUCCAUAGUGUUCAGGAUGAGGUGUUAUCUCUAAAUGGAUUUGAACGCGUGUCCGUAUCAAGCAAUUCGUCAGUAAGAGAUGCCAAUUGUGAACAGUAUAAUGUUAAUGACCUGCAUGCCUCCUCUACUGAUCAGAUACAUAAACCAGGGGAUUCUGCAAACAACCCUGUCAGUGUGGUUUCUCAAAAGAGCAAUAAUCAUAUCGUGAAUGCUAAUAAUGUUGAUGGACAUUCGACAACUGAAGCAAAUCAACCUGUGUUCCUCGAUGAAAUAUCCUCCUCUGUCGAUGAAUCUUCUCCCAAGGAGGAAGGAAUAUUGGACAAUUGUGGGAUUCUUCCAAGCACCUGUCUGCCUUUUCUUGCUUCAACUGUUCCCCCUGUUGAAAAGAGAAGGUCACUGAGUUCUAGCCCACCAAGUGCAAGGAAAAAAGCUGCCAUAAAACUUCCCUUUAAAUGGAAAGAAGGACAUCCCAAUGCAAGUUUAUUUUCCUCGAAGAUGCUUCUGCAAAGACCAAUAGCAGGUUCUCAAGUUCCUUUUUGCCCUAUAGAUAAGAAAAUGUUUGAUUCCUGGUCACAUAUUGAGCCAAAUUCUUUCAAAGUUCGGGGGCCGAAUUACUUUAGGGACAGAAAGAAGGAGCAUGCUCCCAGCUAUGCUGCAUAUUAUCCAUUUGGUCUUGAUGUAUUUUUAUCUCAGCGAAAAAUAGAUCAUAUAGCUCGCUUUGUGGAACUGCCUGUUGUUAAUUCUUCUGGAGAUCUUCCUGCUGUUCUUGUUGUAAAUGUACAGGUACCCUUGUAUCCUGCCGCAAUUUUUCAGGGUGAGACGGAUGGAGAAGGAAUGAAUUUUGUUUUGUACUUUAAGGUUAACGAUAUGUACGUUAAAGAACUUCCACCUAAUUUUCAAGAAAAUAUCAGAAGGGUAAUUGACGAUGAAGUAGAAAAGGUCAAAGGUUUUCCUGUGGACACAAUUGCAUCCUUUCGAGAACGGUUGAAAAUUUUGGGACGUGUUGCUAAUGUGGAAGAUCUUCACUUGAGUGCACCAGAGCGGAAACUUAUGCAGGCUUACAAUGAAAAGCCGGUUCUUUCUCGUCCUCAACAUGAAUUUUACAUGGGAGAAAACUACCUCGAGAUUGAUUUGGAUAUGCACAGAUUUAGUUAUAUCUCUAGGAAAGGGUUUGAAGCGUUCCUAGAUAGACUGAAGCACUGCAUUUUGGAUGUCGGGCUCACGAUUCAGGGAAACAAACCCGAAGAGUUGCCGGAGCAGAUCUUAUGUUGUAUACGAUUAAACGGAAUUGACUACAUGAACUACCACCGACUAGGGUUGAUCCAAGAUCCCCUUUGACACCCUGUAAAUGAUGGGACAAUGUAAAUCUCGUAUUUAACCAUUAAUACACUUCAAAUCAAGAAGAAAUUGUGUCA